CGUAGAGUGCUCGUACAGACGCGCGUGCUCUGGAGGAUAGACACAGCAGUGGGAGACGGUGUUCUAGUGUGUAUAUCCUCUAUAGUAAGGCCAGGGUUACUACAGACACAUUAAUACUACUGCAUCUACGACAUCAAGUACCCACAGUACUUAAUUGUAUCCCAUUGUACUACGGUCGUGUUCGAGUCGGUUCUGAGUAGGGGUGCGUUCGUUUCACAAUUACUAUAGGAACUAGCGAAUGUUUUAUUGAACUGGUUGAUGUCACGACAAGGACCUACAUCAAGGUGUUCCUCAAUUGAUUUAAGUUAUAGCUCGCUGAUGUUAAAGAACUCCUGAAAUUCAACCAAAAAUCAACAAUUCUUGUGUUUAAAUAAAUCGGAAAGUUUAAUUAAACUGUUCAUUCAGGAGACAUACACUACGGGUGCUUAGGGAAUUUACCGUCCACAAAACAAUUGUAAAAGACGUGUAUUUAUUUGACUUCCUCUUUACCAUCGGAUUAAUUCAUUCAAAAUGGUGUCCUGGGUGACAUUCGGAAGUAUGAUUGGAGUUCUGCUGACGUUUCUCGGAAUUUUAGAAGUACAAUGUGAAAAAAUUAAUUAUCAAGAAGAGACCGGUCAUGUUUUCACCACAAUAUUCCACAAGUACAGCGAGAGGGUCAGACCAUACAACCAUAACAAAGACCCGCUCGACAUCUCAGUCAUUCUCAGUAUCGUCCGUGUCAACGACCUUGACCCCGCCACUCAGCAAUUGGACGUCACCGUGGAUCUGUCAAUUACAUGGACAGACACCCGCCUCACUUGGUUCUUUGACACCGUGGACUACAUAGAGGUUAAUCAAUCCAGUGUUUGGACACCGGAUGUAACGUUUCUUGACACAAUGGCCGGAAGUGAGGCCCUGAUCAACCCGAGGUACCUCGUCGUCCUGAGGAACGGUCGUAUCGUGUGGUAUAGACGCCUCCGCUCGAGGAUCCUGUGCGAGGUGAACGAAACGGCUUCUGUGCAGGAGUGUAAUAUCAGAAUGGGAUCCAAACAAUUUCCGGAUACGGAACUACAGUUUAAAGAAGGUACUUGCAAUACGGAAUCCAAACUGGAAAACAUGAAAUGGGAAAUCACCUCCGUAAACAAUACCAUGGAAAUCUCCACGAUUCCUCUUCCGACAAACCUUGCGUUCCGCACAGGGGAAAUGUCCAUGGCUCAAUGCGGACUUUCCAUAGAAUGGAAAACUCCGACUCGGAAAACUUCCGUUGCGUCCGAAUUACAGGCUGGAGAUCCAGAGGAUCAAAAAGCCGGAGCUAGCCGUCUCCAUUUGGAAGUACUGGUUUUAGUAUCAAGCCUUUUAGGUCUGCUCUUUAGUGUGUGAGUAACACGUGACAGCAUUUCAAGUUUCUACCGGAAGAUAUUAACCUCAGUCCAACGUUCAUCCCAUCCGCUCUUUGUAUCGAAGAAUCCGACACGACGGCGCAUAUUACUGUAAAGUGUUUAACGUAUUUCAAAUUGAAGAGCGAAAUUUAAAAAAGGCGAAUUGCUCGCGAAAACUUUUAAUGUGUAUAAUAGAAUUAUAUUAAGUUUUUACAUAAUUUCAUGGCGGUCAUGCUGUAUUGCUGGAAUUUUGGUGACAAGAACUGUGUAGUUUAUAGCAAUAAACUGCGAUUUUAGUCAGUACAGUGAUCGAAACUGUAUAUUUUCAUCCAAUGUUGUACAUAAAUUUUGUAACUGAGAUAAAUAAAAAGUAUAAAAACAUGUUAUUUCGAUAUGUUUACAUGUAAAUGCUUCCGUCUGCCAAUGCGAUAAGAUUUCCGGAUGGUGAUUGCUGACUUCCGUCUGACUUCAUGAUAGGAAUCCUCGUCUCGUUCAAACAGACGCUUGAUAUCAGCUCACACCGCACACAGAGAAACCACCACGUGAUCAAGUGGCUCGGUGAUCGAUAUUUCAAGGUUUCAGUUCUGUCUCACUUCAUGAUAAAAUACCCGGAUACUGACGUCUGACUUUCAUCGAAAAUCUUUUCGUAAUAAUUCAUAAUUGUGUUUUAAACCCAUUUUGUAUGUUGGUAUAUAAUGUGUGCUAUGACAAUUCUACUUUGAUAAUAGUUUAGAUAUAUUGCGGAAAGUAUAACGUUGAUAACAAGUAAUUUAUACAAAGGAUGUUACUAUACUGAUAACAUGGUAGUUAUAUAAUGGGUGUUAUUACACUGAUAACAAGGUAGUUAUAUAAUGGGUGUUAUUACACUGAUAACAGAGAAGUUAUAUAAUGGGUGUUAUUACACUGAUAACAGGGUAGUUAUAUAAUAGGUAUUAUUAUACUGAUAACAUGGUAGUUAUAUAAUGGGUGUUAUUACACUGAUAACAAGGUAGUUAUAAAAUGGUGUUAAGACUCUGUUGAUUUAGUUGUUUUGUUUGUUAUAUGACUGUGUGUAUGUAUCUUAUAGCGUUCUGCUGUGUCCGAGUUAAUUAUCUGUUGUGUUUAUAUAUCGUCUUAUGGUUGUAAGGGAAAAAACGGAAUAAUGUCACGAAAGGCCUUCAUGUCAUUGAUAUAUAUAUAUAUAUAUCUGCAUCAGUGUGUUGUCUUAAACCAUCUGUAAACCAAUGUCUUAGUGUGAUAUAUUUAACACCAGAAGCACAGUGUGAUAUAUUUUACACCAGUGACUCAGUGUGACAUAUUUUACACCAGUGACUCAGUGUGACUUUUUUACUCCCGUGACUCAGUGUGACAUAUUUUACACCAGUGACUCAGUGUGAUAUAUUUUACAUCAGUGACUCAGUGUGACAUAUUUAACACCAAAAGCAAAGUGUGACAUAUUUUACACCAAUGACUCAGAGUGACAUAUUUUACUCCAGUGACUCAGUGUCAUAUUUUACUCCAGUGAAUCAGUGUGACAUAUUUUACUCAAGUGACUCAUUGUGUUUAAAAAGGUGACUCGUUGUCAUAUUUCGCACCGAUGACUCAUUGUGGUGUAUUUUACAUCAGUAAAUCAGUGUGACGUAUUUUACAUCAGUGACUCAGUGUGACAUAUUUUACUCCUGUGACUCAGAGUGACAUAUUUUACUCCUGUGACUCAGUGUGACAUAUUUUACUCCCGUGACUCAGUGUGACAUAUUUUACUCCAGUGACUCAUUGUGUUUAAAAAGGUGACUCGUUUUCAUAUUUCGCACCGAUGACUCACUGUGGUGUAUUUUACAUCAGUGACAGAGUGUGGAAUAUUCUACACCAGUGACUCAAUGUGGAAUAUUUGACACCAGUAACUGAGUGUAACAUAUUUUACAUCAGUGACUCAAUGUGAUGCAUUUAAUGAACGUUUUGUUAUGGACAGAGUCCGACCUUCACCUAGAAUUUUCUACUUUUACACACUAAAAACUAUGACAUUGCUGUGCUGCAGUUUUCAUAAAUAAUCAGUUGACGUGUAUCUAGAAUCUCUUGGUGUUUUUAUACUUUGCGAGCUCCAAUCUAAUCAUAUAAUCAUAAUAUAUAAAUAUAUAUGUAUAUGUAACUGAGUGCAAGUUUUGUCGCGUAUAUAUUUAUGCCUAUUAUAUGCAAAUAUGCAAGUGUAUUUUAUAGCAUAUGAAGUGUGUGUCAUUUACAUUUGGAUUUCUUUUGUCGCAUCUAGGACAUGAAAAAAAAACCAACGACCGCGACAAUUGAUCUCAACAUGGUUGCAUCUGACAUCUGGGUUAAUAACCUUUAACAUCCACCUCAGGAGACGUCAGUGAUUGUAAUGUAACGCUAGUGAUAGAGGGAUUUAGCCUCGUUCUUGAAUAAAUAUAUUCUGUGAUAUUUGCUAUGGUGAACAAAACAAGUGUAAUUUGUGUAACUUGAUUUUCCAAUACCGCCAAUUUGUCAAAUAUCUUUCAACUCCAAUAUGUCGAGAGUCGAGAGUAUUCUAACUGGUCUGUAAAAACAGUAUAAACAGACACAUUAAACAUCCCACUAAAUCAGAGUGAUUUUUUGCUGUAUAUCUUUUUUUUUUUCAUUUUACAUUUUUUAAAAUCGAUUUGUGGAUGUUUAUCUAACUGUCACGACAAUCAUUUAAAUCAUACGUCACCACUGACCCAGUAAACCCCGCCAAACUUUGUAUCAUAGAGCUUGAUUUGAUAAAUCCCUUCAACAGUAGUCCUGUGUUUCCCAUAUUUACUAUGUAUCAACAAUGUUACUCUUUGUCAACACAUCUGCUUAAUUUCAAAACAAUUCCGAAUAUUUUCAAUAAAUAAUUUCUCAAAA